AUGGGACCCCGCGGGGACCCAACCCACCAUCGAGAUUCCUUCUCGUUUUACAGCGGGGGCAACUCAGGCCCCAGAGAGCAAGGACUCGCCCAAGGUCGCAAGCGCGGCGGUGGCGACGGCGGGGAGGUGCCCGCGCUCAUCCCGGACGGCGAGCCGCUGCGAGAGGAGCAGCGGCCCCUGAAACAGUCCCUGGGAAGCUCCCUGUGCCGCGAGUCGCACUGGAAGUGCCUGCUCCUCACGCUGCUCAUCCACGCCUGCGGUGCCGUGGUGGCCUGGUGUCGCCUGGCCACAGUGCCACGGCUGGUUCUGGGGCCCGAGGCAGUCCUGGCCCGUGGAGCUGGGGGCCCGCCGCCCACCUACCCAGCCAGCCCCUGCUCUGAUGGCUACCUGUACAUCCCACUGGCCUUCGUCUCCCUCCUCUACCUCCUCUACCUGGCCGAGUGCUGGCACUGUCACGUGCGGUCAUGCCAGGCGCCGCGCACUGACGCCAACACCGUGCUUGCUCUGAUCCACCGGCUGCAGCAGGCGCCCCCCUGUGUCUGGUGGAAGGCUACCAGCUACCACUAUGUGCGGCGCACCCGCCAGAUCACCCGCUACCGGAACGGCGACGCCUACACCACCACGCAGGUGUACCACGAGAGGGCUGACAGUCGCACGGCCCGGGGCGAGUUUGACUACUCAGCCCACGGCGUCCGCGAUGUCUCCAAGGAGCUCGUGGGCCUGGCCGACCACGCGGCCACGCGGCUGCGCUUCACCAAGUGCUUCAGCUUCGGCAGCGCCGAGGCCGAGGCUUCGUACCUCACCCAGAGGGCCCGCUUCUUCAGCGCCAACGAAGGCCUGGACGACUACCUGGAGGCCCGCGAGGGCAUGCACCUGAAGGACGUGGACUUCCGGGAAUCUCUCAUGGUCUUCGCGGACCCCCGCAGCCCGCCCUGGUAUGCCCGUGCCUGGGUCUUCUGGCUGGUGUCAGCGGCCACGCUGUCCUGGCCGCUGCGCGUGGUGGCGGCCUACGGCACCGCGCACGUGCACUACCAGGUGGAGAAGCUUUUUGGCGCCAGCUCACCCCCACCUGGGGCAGUGCCCAGCGGACCCCCGCUCUCCCGUGUGGCCACGGUGGACUUCACUGAGCUCGAGUGGCACAUCUGCUCCAACCGGCAGCUGGUGCCCAGCUACUCAGAGGCCGUGGUCAUGGGCGCCAGCUCGGGCGCCUACCUCCGCGGCUGCCAGCGCUGCCGCCGCUCGGUCAGCAGCAACUCGCUGCCCCCUGGCCGGCCCAGUGGGCCCCGCCUGCCUUUUAGCCGCAGCCGCCUCUCCCUGGGAGCUGGGGGCCGGGCCACACCGGGGGUCUUCCGCAGCCUGAGUGGGGGGCCACUGGGGCGCCGUGGAGAGGACACGGAGCCCCUGGAAAGCCCGCCAUGCUAUGAAGAUGCCCUUUACUUCCCGGUGCUCAUUGUCCACGGGGACAGCGGCUGCCAGGGGGAUGGGCAGGGUGCACUCUGAGAUCCCCGUGGCCCCCAGAGCGCCCCCCUCCCCACCAUUCCACCAAGGGCUUCGAUGCCUGAGUAGUUGUCCAAAACAGGAGGGAACACAGACCAGCACACAAGGGGAGGGUGUGGGGUGGAGUCCUUAAACAGAUUAAAAUGCAGUGACUCGGGGUCAUUUCGGGAGUGAAUGGACACCACCGAGGUAGAGUCUAUAAACGGUCCCAGCAUGGCUCCCGCCCACCACCACCACGUUCCAUCCCCUGCAAUGGCAGAUGAUCUGGCUUUGGGCCUCUCCGGCUGGGCAGGGGAGGAAGUUCCCAAAACCUGAGUUGGGGCAGGAGUCCUAGGGAGAGCUGUUGCCCGCAGCAAAGGGCCUCCUGUGGGUCUUCCCUGCAUGGCUGAGGCCACAUCGGGAGCCCUCGAGCAACCCAGAAGCACAAAUCGGUGGAUUGGGGCCAUGCCCAGCUUGGCUGGCCUCCACGAAGCUGAAGAGCUGGCUAUGACAGCACCACAGUCUUCGUCCCUCUACCCACUUCCAUUCUGCUCCCCGACAGGUGCCCCCCCUCCGCCCGCCCCCUGGUCUCUCUUUCGGGACCAGUCCCUGAUCAGACCCUGCAGUGUGGCCCCUCUACUGGUUCUUGGAGCACAGCCUUGCCCCGCCCCCGUACCUGUUUCCCUGGCGCACCCUCCCCGCCUCACCCAGCUCCCCCUGUAACCUGGGGCUCCUUCUCAGGGCCCCACCUCAAUCUCACACCCCCUGGUCUCUACUUCUGCCCCCCAAAGUCCACGUUCGCCUCUGUCAGCCACGCACACACCCUCUGGGCUUUAUCUUCAUCGCUUCCCCGGACUUCUCUGCUCUUUGCCUUCCUGGUGAUCCGCGGGGCCCAGGGCCACAGGGCAUCCGAGGGGCCUCAGCCUGACACAGCCUUUUGGACGAUGCCCUCGCUCUGCCAUGGAGACCCCUGCUUCCCCAAUCAGUAGGGCCUGGCUCAGGGGACACCAUCCCUCCCCCAGGGAGGAGAGAGUAGUCCCUUCCCUUCCAACUGGGGCUUCCACCCCUCUCAGGGGCUGGUGGGGGAGGGAGGAGGCAGAGAAGAUGCAGAUAAAAUAAAAGGUAUAAAAUGGAA